AUGACAUCUCCAUCACCUCCCCAAAGUUUGGUUGAUUCAGAUACAGACGAUUCGUCACCUACAGCCGUUAAGGUCAAAUUCCAUAACCUCCCAACUCCUCGAGAGCCUGAUGUCCCUUUGCCGCCCCCAUCGAUUCAUCCAACCGAGGUAUUAGACGUCGAUAAAACUACACCAGACAAGCAUGUACCGCGAGAUCCCAGACUUAUUCGGUUGACGGGUGUUCACCCUUUCAAUGUUGAGCCGCCUUUGACGGCCCUCUACAAGGAAGGCUUCCUUACCUCACCAGAGCUAUUCUAUGUCCGCAACCACGGGCCAGUGCCCGAAGUCAAAGACGAAGAUAUUCCCAAUUGGGAACUGAGGAUUGAAGGGCUCGUGGAAACCCCAAUCAUUCUAACCCUGCGGGACAUUCUCCAAAAUUAUGACCAAAUCACAACCCCCGUCACGCUGGUCUGCGCCGGAAACAGACGAAAGGAACAAAACACCGUCCGAAAGUCCAAGGGGUUCUCGUGGGGUGCAGCAGGCCUUUCCACUGCGUUAUGGACGGGACCGAUGCUGGCAGAUAUCUUACGCAGUGCAAAGCCCCUCCGUCAAGCCAAAUACGUAUGCAUGGAAGGCGCGGACAAGUUGCCGAACGGAUUUUACGGCACUUCUGUCAAGUUGAAUUGGGCUAUGGACUUCAAUCGCGGCAUUAUGCUUGCGCACAAAAUGAACGGGGAGCCGUUACGCCCUGAUCACGGACGUCCCUUGCGGGCCGUGGUUCCCGGUCAGAUUGGUGGGCGCAGUGUGAAGUGGCUCACGAAGUUGAUCUUGACAGAUGCCCCGAGCGACAAUUGGUAUCAUAUUAAUGAUAAUCGCGUUUUGCCGACGAUGGUAUCACCUGAAAUGUCGGCACAAGACAAGAAGUGGUGGAUGGACGAGCGAUACGCCAUUUACGACCUGAAUGUGAACUCCGUCGCUGUCUUCCCGGAACAUGAAGAAGAGCUAGAUCUCUCGACGGCUAGUUCAACGUACACGGCAAAGGGAUAUGCCUACGCAGGCGGCGGUCGAAGGGUUACGCGGGUCGAAAUAUCGCUUGACAGGGGAAAAUCCUGGCGUCUUGCCAAUAUCGAAUAUGCAGAGGACAAAUACCGGGAGUGGGACGGCGACCUGUUUGGGGGGCAGGUAGACAUGUGGAAGCGCGAAUCUUGCUUCUGCUGGUCCUUCUGGUCUCUUUCUAUUCCAAUCUCUGACCUCGCGACUAGCGAUGCAUUGCUCGUUAGAGCUAUGGACGAGAGCAUGAUGGCACAGCCACGCGACAUGUAUUGGUCGGUCCUGGGAAUGAUGAACAACCCAUGGUUCCGGGUAACGAUCAGCAAAGAGGACAAUCUUCUCAGACGCGAAGGAGAAGCCCCUAUGGAGAUUGAGCCAGGGAAAGAAAUCAACAUGAAGAAAGAGGGACUGAGCCGGAUCAUAGACCUUCAAGAGUUGAAGGCGAACAGCACAAGCGAGAACCCCUGGUUUGUGGUUAAUGGAGAAGUAUAUGAUGGUACAGGGUUCUUGGACGGCCACCCCGGAGGAGCGAUCAGUAUCACAGCUUCUGCAGGUUUGGACGUUUCCGAAGACUUCCUUGCAAUCCAUAGUGAGACUGCGAAGAUGAUGAUGCCCGACUACCACAUCGGCACAUUAGACAAAGCCUCUGUCGUGGCCCUCAAUGCCAGUACCGUAACGGUAUCCGAUGAGCCUCGUCCGACAUUUCUCCAGUCAAGGACAUGGACAAAGGCCAGACUUGUCGAGAAGAGAAACAUUUCUCAGGACACUCGCGUCUUUGUUUUCGAUUUGGAACAUAAGAACCAAUUACUGGGACUUCCGAUAGGUCAGCACCUUAUGAUCAAGGUGCCAGAUCCCAAGAACAAGGAGCCACUAAUCCGGUCGUAUACUCCCAUAUCGGACACGAAAAUGGAAGGCAAAAUGGAACUGCUUAUUAAGAUCUACUUUCCUUCAGACGCUGCUCCUGGGGGAAAGAUGACCACGGCUCUCGACGAACUGGCGCUGGGAGCAGAUAUCGAGUGCAAGGGGCCUACCGGCCGCUUCGAGUACUUGGGCAAUGGGCGGGUCCUGAUUAGCGGAAAAGAACGAAAGGUUCGUUCCUUCAAAAUGAUCUGUGGUGGGACUGGAAUUACUCCCAUCUUUCAAGUUCUGCGUGCUGUCAUGCAAGACCCUCAAGAUCCAACAACGUGUCUCGUUCUGGAUGGAAAUAGACUUGAAGAGGACAUUCUAUGCCGCGCGGAGUUGGAUGACUAUGCCAAAUUGGAUAGUCAGAAAUGUGCUCUGGUCCACACGCUCACCAAGGCGUCGGAUUCUUGGGCAGGUCGUCGGGGGCGAAUUUCUGAAGAAUUGCUCACGGAGUACGUUACUCCGGACCCGAAUGGUGAAAGCAUGGUUAUCUUGUGUGGGCCAGAGGCAAUGGAGAAAUCUGUAAAGAAGAGCCUCCUCGCCCAGGGGUGGAAAGAGUCAGACCUUCAUUUUUUCUAA